CCAUCUUUCCACAUAUAUACUUCUCUUCUUCUCCUCGUCCUUCUCUCUCUGUCUUUCUCUCUGCUUCAUCAUUUCCCUCUGGGCUUUUUCGCUUUCUUUUUUUGUUUUUUCGGGGAGAAACCCUAGAAAUCCUGGCUUCCGGCGCUUCGAUCUGUGGAUUCGUAGCUCCGUUUUCCGGGAUUCGGCCGUCCUUUUUGCGGUGGAGUUAGCCUGAUUCGGAGACUGCGGUUGUUGGAAUGUCGUCUCUUAGCAGGGAAUUAGUCUUUCUCAUACUUCAAUUCCUCGAGGAGGAGAAGUUUAAGGACUCUGUUCACAGGCUUGAGCAAGAAUCUGGGUUUUUCUUUAAUAUGAAAUACUUCGAGGAGAAAGUGCAUGCUGGUGAAUGGGAUGAAGUUGAGAAGUACCUAUCUGGAUUUACAAAAGUAGAUGACAAUAGAUACUCCAUGAAAAUCUUUUUUGAAAUUAGAAAGCAGAAGUACCUUGAAGCACUUGAUCGGCAAGACAAGUCGAAGGCUGUAGAAAUUCUUGUUAGCGAUUUGAAAGUGUUUUCAACAUUCAAUGAAGACCUUUAUAAAGAAAUCACUCAGUUGUUGACAUUAAGCAAUUUCAGAGAGAAUGAGCAGCUUUCCAAGUAUGGUGACACCAAGACUGCUCGCAGCAUAAUGUUGAUCGAGUUGAAAAAGUUAAUUGAAGCAAAUCCUCUCUUUCGGGAAAAGCUUGCAUUCCCAACCCUUAAGGCAUCAAGAUUGCGAACCUUGAUAAAUCAGAGUUUGAAUUGGCAACAUCAGCUGUGUAAAAAUCCAAGGUCAAAUCCAGAUAUUAAGACCUUGUUCACAGAUCAUAUGUGCAAUCCUCCAAAUGGGGCUCUUCCUCCCAGUGUUGUGAAUAUACCUGCUAAUGCAGUUGCAAAGCCGACUCCCUAUACAUCACUUGGGGCUCACGGGCCAUUUCCACCCAGUGCUGCUGCUGCUGCUGCUAAUGCUAAUGCAUUAGCAGGUUGGAUGGCAAAUGCUGCUGCUUCUUCAUCUGUUCAGGCGGCAGUGGUGACUGCAUCAUCCUUGCCUGUUCCAAAUCAAGUGUCAAUCUUGAAGCGUCCAAUCACACCUCCUGCUACCCUUGGUAUGGUUGAUUAUCAGAAUUCAGAUCCUGAACAAUUGAUGAAGCGUUUGAGACCUAUACAGGCUGUUGAGGAGGUUACAUAUCCCACCGUUCGCCAACAAGCAUCAUGGUCUCUUGAGGAUUUGCCAAGAACUGUAGCAUUCACUUUGCAUCAAGGAUCCACUGUUACGAGCAUGGAUUUUCAUCCAUCUCAUAAUACACUGCUUCUUGUUGGCUCCAAUAAUGGUGAAAUAACACUCUGGGAAGCUGGAGUGCGUGAAAAAUUGUUGUCAAAGCCAUUCAAAAUCUGGGAUGUUCAAUCCUGCACAGUGCCAUUUCAGGCUUCUUGUGUUAAGGAUGCACCUUUUUCUGUAAACCGUGUUGCAUGGAGUCCGGAUGGAACAUUUGUUGGUGUUGCAUUUACUAAGCAUUUGAUCCAUUUGUAUUCUCACACCUAUACUGGACCACAUGAUUUAAGACAACAUCUGGAGAUUGAUGCACAUGUUGGAGGGGUUAACGAUCUAGCUUUUGCAUAUCCAAACAAACAGUUAUGUGUGGUAACAUGUGGGGAUGAUAAGUUGAUCAGGGUAUGGGAUUUAACAGGGAGAAGACUGUUUAACUUUGAGGGGCACGAAGCUCCUGUAUACUCAAUAUGCCCCCACCAGAAAGAAAAUAUUCAGUUCAUAUUUUCUACUGCUAUUGAUGGGAAGAUAAAAGCAUGGUUGUAUGACAAUAUGGGGUCAAGAGUUGACUAUGAGGCUCCUGGUCAUUGGUGCACUAUGCUUUACAGUGCUGAUGGAAGCAGACUGUUUUCUUGCGGAACUAGUAAAGAAGGAGAUUCUUUUCUAGUGGAAUGGAAUGAAAGUGAAGGAGCAAUUAAGAGAACCUACAAUGGUUUUAGGAAAAAGUCUAUUGGUGGGGUUGUGCAGUUUGACACAACUCAAAACCACUUUUUAGCUGUGGGUGAGGAUAACCAAAUAAAAUUUUGGGACAUGGACAACAUCAAUGUUGUUACAUUUACAGAUGCUGAGGGCGGUCUACCGAGUCUACCUCGGUUGAGAUUCAACAAGGAAGGGAAUCUUCUUGCUGUUACUACUACGGACAAUGGAAUUAAGAUACUUGCAAAUUCUGUUGGUAUGAGGUCUUUACGGACAACUGAAGCCCCGCCAUUUGAGGCACUGAGAUCGCCCAUUGAAGCCACUUCUAUGAAGGUUUCUGGAUCUUCUGUUACUGCUCUUACUCCUGUGAAUUGUAAAGUAGAAAGAAGCUCUCCUGUCAGACCUUCUCCCAUCCAUAAUGGAGUGGAUUCAAUGUCCAGAAACAUGGAAAAGCCCAGACCAUUAGAUGAUGUUGUUGACAGAACCACCAAGCCCUGGCAGUUGACUGAAGUUGUGGAUCGGGCUCAAUGCCGAUCAAUUUUAUUGCCUGAGAGCUCUGAUGCAAAGGUUGCCCGGCUUCUUUACACAAAUUCUGGUUUUGGCAUCUUGGCACUCGGAUCAAAUGGUAUUCAAAAACUAUGGAAGUGGUCUCGCAAUGAACAAAAUCCUAGCGGCAAGGCCACCGCCAAUGUCGUUCCACAACAUUGGCAACCGAACAGUGGUCUUCUUAUGACUAAUGAUGUAUCAGGUGUCAACCUUGAGGAGGCAGUUCCUUGUAUAGCCCUCUCAAAGAAUGACUCUUAUGUUAUGUCAGCUGCUGGUGGGAAGGUUUCAUUGUUUAACAUGAUGACUUUUAAGGUAAUGACAACAUUCAUGCCACCUCCUCCAGCUUCAACUUUCUUAGCGUUCCAUCCCCAAGACAAUAACAUCAUUGCAAUUGGGAUGGAGGAUUCUACCAUACACAUAUACAAUGUUCGGGUUGAUGAGGUGAAAUCCAAACUGAAAGGACACCAGAAGCGCAUCACUGGUCUUGCAUUUUCUACAAACCUUAACAUCCUCGUUUCGUCUGGUGCUGAUGCCCAGCUGUGUGUAUGGAGUAUUGAUACUUGGGAAAAAAGAAAAUCAGUUCCCAUCCAAUUGCCAGCUGGCAAAGCACCCAUGGGUGACACUCGGGUGCAGUUCCAUGCUGACCAAGUCCGUUUGCUGGUAGCACAUGAAACCCAAUUGGCAAUAUAUGAUGCCUCCAAGAUGGAACGCAUACGACAGUGGGUCCCCCAGGAAUCCUUAACCGCACCCAUCACAUAUGCUACCUACUCUUGCAAUAGCCAACUGGUUUUCACAUCCUUCAGUGAUGGGAAUAUUGGAGUGCUUGAUGCCGAUACCCUAAAACUGAGAUGCCGUAUAGCUCCCUCGGCUUAUCUAUCUCCGGCUGUGUUGAAUGGAAGCCAAGCAGCGUGUCCGCUUGUAGUUGCAGCACACCCGCAGGAACCUCAUCAAUUUGCAGUCGGGUUGACUGAUGGGUCUGUAAAAGUCAUAGAACCAUUAGAAUCUGAAGGAAAGUGGGGAGUAUCUCCUCCUGUUGAUAAUAAUAGUAGUAAUAAUAACAAUAACAGUAAUAAUAUUAAUACUAAUAAUAAUAACAGUAAUGGAAUGAUAUAUGGUAGGGGGGCAACCUCGUCAUCAGCUGCUAGCAACCAUGUACCCGACCAAGUUCAAAGGUGAAAUACAUUGUUAUGUUUUGACUAUAACAGUGUUCUGUAUUUUAUAGGAAUAGAUUUUAGGUCUUAUUUAUUUACAUAUAUAUGGCCUCCUUAGCUUUCUCAAGGACAAAAGUUGGAAUUAACUUCGAAGGUGUAAUGUUGUGUGUAAUUUUUCAAUAUUAAUAUUAACUUUUUAUUCACCGCAUUUCUUUGUUCAAAAUAUGAAACAUGUUCCAUUGAUGCUAUUGUUAUUAUUUCAUUAAACUUUCUAAGCGACAAUU